AUGUCAAGUUUAGAAGUUUUUCCACAACUUUGUGAAGGGAGUAAGUUUAGUAAUUGGAAGUUCAGGUUAAACAUUUUAUUUGAAGAAAAAGGUAUUGAGUAUUUAUUAAAUGGAAAGAAAGACGAAAAUUUGAAAAAAGAGACGUAUAAAAAAGACGAUGCUAAGGGAAGAUUGAUAAUUAUAAAUUGCUUAAACGAUAAAUUCUUGGAAGUAGUAAAGCCAGCGACCAGCGCAUUAGAAAUGUUGAAACUAUUAAGUGCAGUGUUUGAAAGGAGAAGCACAUUUAACAAAGUGUUACUUAGAAAGAAACUUAUAACUUUAAAACAUCAAUUCUCGAAUAAACUUCAGGAUCAUUUAAUUAACUUUGAAAAUAUAAUUAACGAAUUAGAAGGUGGAGAUGCAAAGAUAGAGGAGUUAGAUAAGGUGGAGCACCUGUUUAUAACACUAUCAAAGGAGUAUGAUACCAUAAUAAAUACGUUGGAAUCCCUCGACAAGGAAUUAAAUUUUGAGUUUGUAAAAUGUAGAUUACUCGAUUUAGAAAAUAAAUUAAAAGAAAAUAGUAUUGAGGAGAAAACUGAAAAUAUGUUUAUUACAAACACAGCCAUUAUUUGCUUUAAAUGUAAACAUAGAGGACACAAAUCAUUUCAGUGCAAUUUAAAUAAUAAUAUGACUAAUAACAAUGAUAUGAAGAAUUUUAUCACUCACAAUAAUAGAGAAAGUAAUAGAGGAAGUGUACUAAACAAUAAUUUUUUUAACAGUGGAUUUAAUAACAACUAUAAUAGAGGAAGAGGUUAUAAUAAUAAUUAUAUGAAUAGUGGUCACAGAUAUAAUAAUAACUACACGCGUCAAGUAAGAGGUUACAAUAAUAAUUAUAUGAAUAGAGGAAGAGGACGGCACCAUAAUUUUUCUAGACAAGCGAACACCACAGAAGAAUUUAAUUUACAUGAGGAAAAUAAAAGCACAUUUGUGGCAUUAACUUUGGAAAAUGAAUUUAAAGAAAGCAAUGACAUCUUAUUUAUAAUAGACUCUGGGGCAACGCAUCAUUUUAUCCAAGAAAAAUAUGAGAAGUACAUGUAUGACAUUCAAUUACUAGAUGAGCCGAUGAAGAUUAAAAUAGCCAAUGGUCAAUUUUUAAUUGCUAACAAAAAAGGGAAAUUAGAAGGAAUUUACAAGAAUAAAAUUAUAGUUAUCAAUGGAAUAAUAGUACCAGAAAUUUCACAUAAUUUGAUAUCAGUUUCUAAAUUAAUGGAGAAGGGUAUGACAAUAAUAAUUAAACAAGAACAAAUGAAAAUAUAUACUAAUGAUGCACAUAGUAAUACACACCAUAUUUAUAAAGAAGGAAAACUAUUUACUAUGAGGAUGCUAAUCAAACAAAAUGCACAGUGCAAUCAAGCUAUAGACAAAAAUGAUAUUUGGCAUAAAAGACUUGGACAUUUAAAUAGAAAAAGCUUACAAUUAAUGGACUUACCUUUUAGUGAUAAAAUAUGUAAUGAAUGCAUGAUAAACAAAAGUACGAGAAAACCAUUUUAUCCUGUAACAAAACCUCAAUCACAUGCUAUAGGUGAUCUAAUCCACUCUGAUAUAGCAGGUCCAAUGAAAACUACUACCAAUGAAGGAGAAAGAUACUAUCAAACUAUCAUAGACGACUACUCACAUUUUACAUUUACAUAUUUGUUGAAAAAUAAAUCAGAAGCAGCGCAAAAUUUAAUUGAUUACAUAAAAAUAAUAAAAACUGAAAAAGGAAUAAGAGUAAAGAAAAUAAGAUGUGAUAAUGGAGGAGAGUACUGUUCAGACUAUUUAAAAGAUUUUUGUCAAAAUAAAGGAAUACAAAUUGAAUAUAGUUUACCAUAUAGCCCGCAAAUGAAUGGAAAAUCUGAAAGGAUGAAUCGCACAAUAUUAGAUAAAGCAAGAACAAUGAUGAGUGAGUCUAACUUACCCAAACACUUAUGGGGACAAGCAGUUUUGACAGCUACAUUCUUAAUUAACCGUUCACCAUCAAAAGCAAUAUUUAAUGAUAUACCUGCAAUACGAUUUGAACGAGAUAUGAAGUUAGAUGAUAUAAAAAUAUUUGGCUGCAAAGCUUGGGCAGUAAUUUUACCUAGAGCAAAUAAAUUUGAAAACAGAGCUGUAGCAACAAGAAUGAUUGGAUAUGCGAAAAAUGGAUGGAAAUUUUGGAUUCCAGAUACUGACAAAAUCAUAGUGUCAAGAGAUGUCACCUUUGAUGAAACGGAUAUUAAAUAUAAUAACGAAGUGAAUACAAAAGAAGAGGAAAAUAGAAUAAGAUAUAAAAUAAUGAGAAAUGAAGAAGAUCCGGAUGUACAAUAUGAUAAUUCACAAAAAACAAUACAAGAGCAAAAUGAAACAGAUACAGUAGAGCCAGUGGCAACUACUAGAAGUGGGAGACAAAUUAAAGUUCCAGACUAUCUUAAUGACUACCAUCUUAAUUUUCAGGCAUAUUGUUUUUACAGCGAAGAUGAUCCAGUUACAUAUGAUGAAGCUAUAGAAAAGGGUUGGUCAUCAUCAAUUAAUAUGGAAUUAGAUGCAUUAAAAAUAAUGAAUACAUGGAAAGAAACUAAAUUGCCAAAUGGUAAACAACCAAUUGAAGCAAAAUGGAUAUUCAAAACAAAAGAAAAUGGAAUAAAAAAGGCAAGAUUAGUUGCAAAAGGGUUUCAGAUAAAAGAAAAUGAUGAAUUUGGAAACAAUAACUAUACACCAGUAGCAAGAACAUCAACAGUGAGAUUUACCCUAGCAGAAGCAGUGCAAAAUUCAUGGCCAAUAAGACAAUUAGAUGUGCCAACAGCAUACUUAAAUGGAAUAUUAGAAUCAGAAAUAUACUUGAGACCACCGGAAGGAGUAGAAGUUAGUGAUGGAAAUGUUUUAAAGCUGAAUAGAGGAUUAUACGGACUGAGAGAAAGUGGAAAAUGUUGGAACAAAAGAUUAAAUAUUUAUCUUGAAGAAAAAGGGUUUGAAAGAUCGAGAAAUGAUUUUUGUUUGUAUAAAAAUACCAUGAAAAACAUUUGGCUAGUACUCUAUAUAGAUGACAUAUUAAUUACCGAUGACAAAAAUAAUUUGUUAGAAACUAUAAGAAAUUUGAAACAGGAGUUUAAGGCAAAGGAUAUGGGUGAAGUUGAAUUAUUCUUAGGGAUGGAAAUAACAAGGACAAUCGACACAUUAAAAAUCACACAGACUAGACAGAUAGAUAAAAUGCUUAAAAAAUUUGGAAUGGAACAUUGCAAUGCUACAGAAACACCCAUGACAAAAGGCUAUCAAGUAAAUAAAGAUGAUGAAAUCAUACAGGACAUACCUUUUAGGCAAUUGAUUGGAGGACUUAUGUUCAUAUCUACAACUUCCCGACCUGAUAUAUCUUAUGCAACAUCUUUUCUAUCGCAAUAUUUAGACAAACCCACUAAAGACUUAUGGAUACAAGGAAAAAGAAUACUACGUUAUUUAAAAGGUACUAGGACACAUGGACUAAUAUAUUAUAAAAAUAAUGAUAGAUGUAUUGAAACAUAUUCAGACGCAGACUGGGCUGGAAAUAAAGAUGACAGGAAGAGUGUAAGUGGAUCAGUAACAAUGUAUAAUAGAAACAUUAUAUUAUGGCUAUCAAGAAAACAAAAUUGUGUUGCGCUAUCGACAGCUAAGGCUGAAUACAUAGCUGCUGCAGUAAGUGUGUGUGACUUAAUCAAUGUGAAAGGACUGUUUAUCAAUUUUAAUAGUGUACAAAACAGUGAUGUGCAAAGUAUUUUAUAUAUGGACAAUAUAGGUGCUAUAGAACUAUCUAAAUCUUAUGAAAACAGUCGUGCAAAACAUAUUGAUAUUAAAUUACAUUUUAUAAAAGACCUUCAUAAUAAGGGAGAAUUUGAAAUAAAAUAUGUACCAUCAAAAGAUAAUUAUGCGGAUUUAUUAACUAAAAGUUUAACAAAGGAACAUUUCAUAUAUUUGCGUUCAGCACUAAGCAUAAAC